AUGGCUUCCGUUACCGCGAAUGUGCCCGCGUAUAUGUUGCCUGGUGUGCCAGUGACACAACCGCCCCACCUCGAGGGCGACCCGACCCUUGCGACGGAGAUCCUCCCUGGCCCGCCCUCUGCCACAUCUAUGCAACAGGCUCUGCACAAGAGGGACCCGCGAAAACCUUCGUCGGUCCUCUCCUAUCUUCCGACGAGCGAUCCUGGAACCACAUAUACGGGUUACGCUUACCCCGCGCCUGUGAUGCCCGUCGCUGCCCCCGAACCAGAUGGCCCCCGCCGCAAGCGGGCGCGGAUCGACAAGGCGCUUUCACUCCGACAACAACGUGCCUCUGCACGAUCGACAGCUGCGUCCGCGCUCCAGCCGCCCGCUGAGCCCGAAGAGCCUCAAGCAUCAGCGUCCUUCGCUCCCGCCAGUGACGUGGUGCUCCCGACGCCACCCGAAUCCGACCCGCCACGUUCCACAAGGUCCGCUGCCGCUCAUAAUCAUAACGGGGACACCGAAGCCACAGCAGGUGCAAGCGUCAGCGGGCGGACGACGCGGAGUUCGAGGAGGGAUAAGGGGAAGGGGAAGGAAAAAACCAGCGCCGCACCAGCGUUCAGGGUCAAAGAGGAGGAUGUUUCUGUCAGUCUUAGCGCGCCCAUCCCAAUAAACCCCACGUCUCCGCGCCAGCCGCUCCCUCAGCGCGGUCAUCAUGCUGGUUUCAUCUCGACGUUGGUGUCCCAAGUACAGAGCUCGAUUCCAACCGAGUACCAACUGCCGGAAGAUAUCCGUACAUUCUUCAAGGACGUUGCCACAGGGCCACAAGGGAACUAUGUUGACAACUCGGAGGUCAAACAGCCACGCCUCAAGUACGUGAUGCUCAGAGGUUUCAAGUACCGAUAUUGA